AUGGAGAAGAGAACCACAGCCGUGUACUGCAGAGGACUGCUCCCUCCAGAGGCGCUGCGCAGCCAGGAGUGGACAUCCAGAAAUUCCCUGCACGGCCCCGCCCACCAUCAUGAGGCCCUGGGCCAAGCUGUCCAAUGGCUCUUGCUUUGGGCUGUGCUCACCUUCUUUCUCUUUGCCCUGCCCUCCUUUAUUAAGGAACCUAAUACAACGCCUACCAGCGGUGUCAGCGAUCAGGAAGACUGGUUUGACGGGACGACUGCCCACGUGGAGUCAGUGCAGGAGACCAGUAUGCGGGACACACACCCCGAGGCCACAGCCAACACAGCUGGAGAGGGCAGAGGAGCGGAGGCUGGCAAGGCCAGUCCGAAGGGGCCAGGCAGAGCACCCAGCACAGCCAGGAUGGCAGCAACGGAGACGCAGGCGAGCAAGGACACCGUGGGGGACACGCUGCUCCCGAAAGCUCGUCGAGGGGUGGCCUCCGGCUGGAUGGAGGCACCGUCACUGAACAGUCAGGACCCGAGGAUGACCAAAGGGUCAGGGGACCAGAGCGCGAGGCCGACGGCCCCAAGGAUGGUGCCCACGAAGCUGCAGGGCAACGCGGCAGCCACAGCAAGGACGCCCCUUCCAGAAAAUCAGGCUGGGGUGCAGACCCCUGCAGGAGCGAGGCCGACGGGAAAGGCAGUCAGAGGAACCACCAGAGAGGCUGUCCCACCCAAGGACAGAGCGCAGGCCACCGCGUCCUCAGCCCUUGUCCAGAGCCCCACUACCCAGAGAGGCCAGAGAUUGUGGGCCACCAACUUCAAGUCUGAGUCGCACUGGGAUUUUGGAAAAUACAGCCUGGACGUAAGUGGCCUCCAGUGGGGAACCUGCCCUGACUCAGUGAAGAUCAAAGCCUCCAAGUCACCCUGGCUCCAGAAUCUCUUUCUGCCCAACCUCACCCUCUUCCUGGAUCGACACUUCAACCAGAGCAAGUGGGGUCGCCUGGAGCACUUCGCUCCGCCCUUCGGCCUCAUGGAGCUCAACUUCUUGGUGCAGAAGGUCGUGCCCUGCUUCCCACCCACCCCAUCCCCGGCGCCCCAGCAGCAGCUGCUCCUGGCCAGCCUCCCUGCUGGGAGCUCCCGAUGCAUCAGCUGUGUCAUGGUGGGCAACGGGGGCAUCCUGAACAACUCCCAAGUGGGCCCAGAGAUAGACGGCCAUGACUACGUGUUCCGACUGAGUGCAGCUGUCAUUAAGGGCUACGAACAGGAUGUGGGUACUCGGACAUCCUUCUACGGCUUUACUGCCUUCUCCCUGACCCAGUCACUCCUCAUACUGGGCAGUCGGGGUUUCCGGCACGUGCCUCUGGGAAAGGUGAAGGCUCCAGGAAGCUUUCUGGGAAGCUCUGCAAUUGGACAGAUACCUGUUGCUGCACCCAGACCUGCUCCCAUACAUGAAGAACAGGGGAGAGCAGAAAGCCGGUGGAAAGGGAAAAGGGUCUGGGCUGUCAGCGUUUGCUCCUCCAGCCUCGCCGCCCCUCCCGUGGGCCUCGGGCGUCGGGAAGCCGCGAGCCGGAGCCCCCGAGGGCGCAGUGCGCAGCCCACGCGGCAGGUGGCGGCGUCUCCCCGCGCCCUGCAGCUCCCGGACCGCGCGCGCCCGCCCGCCCUUGAAGGUACCGGGAAGCUCCCUGCCCAACCACGGCUCUAG